AUGCCUAUAGGUCUGGUGAUUAGCAAGCCACUAGUCACCUUCAUGGGCAUGGUCAUCACGGCCGCGGGCUACAAGCAAUUCGGAGAGGCAUACUGGAAUCUGUGGGACUUUUACUCCAGCGUACUUGACAAGUAUUGGGGUCCAGGGGCUAGAACCUUGGUGUUCCUAGCUGCUGGUAUACAGGCUUUUGCAACAUUCGCCACCAACUUGAGUAGUAACUCAAUUCCUGUCGGAAGCGAUCUUGCGGGGAUGUUCCCUAAAUACUUCACCAUCGUCCGCGGCCAGAUACUCUGCUUCGUUCUGGUUUGGGUUUGUGUCCCGUGGAAGCUCACUUACUCCGCCGCGUCGUUUCUCACCUUCUUGGGCUCAUAUCUUUGCUUCAUUUGCCCUAUCGUAGCAUGCAUGAUUGUCGACUACUGGCUCAUCCGCAACGGCAAUAUCCACGUUCCAUCGUUGUACUCAACGAGCUCCAACUCCCCUUACUUCUACUUCAAGGGAUUCAACUUGCGCGCCUUUGGAUCAUGGGCCGCGGCCGUUCUUUUGGUCCUGCCAGGGGUGUCUGGAAACCUCCACCCUGGGUCAAUCGGGCUCGCGGCCGUCCGCAUCUACAACAUGGGCUUUCUCCUAUCAACUGUCACGGCGGGCGUCCUAUACUAUAUCAGUUGCCAACUAUGGCCAGUCAUGGUUUACCCUCCGCAGCGGGACGGUCAGCCUAAGACAUGGGAGUUCAUGCGCCAUACGGAGGGGUUCUUUCCUGGGGACAGAAUGUUCCCGGCGCAUCUGCUGGUAACUCCAGUAGUCAACGGAAAAGAAGUACUGGACACCAAGGAUGAAGAGAACAAUAAUGGAGUGGAUGCCAAGGGUGUAAAGGCUUAG